CCUCUUAUUUACUAUAGGACUCUCUGGACCAAUGGGAAGCGUCGUGCCCUAGCUCCGCCUCCUGCGCGUUGUUCAGAUGUUGCUAGCCCUAAACAUGGCGGCGCUGAGGAUUGUGACAAGUACUGGAAGCCGGGCGGCUAAGUGCAUUUUGCGAUGGGAUCGGCGCAGUGUGCAGUCACAGAGCAGAUCGGUUGCACAUUUUACCUUCCUGCCGGACCCCGAGCCCACCGAAUAUGGAUCAACUCAGAAAAUGAACCUUUUCCAGGCUGUACAAAGUGCAUUGGAUAAUACACUAUCGAAGGAUCCAACUGCAGUCAUAUUUGGAGAGGAUGUUGCCUUUGGAGGUGUCUUCCGAUGUACCGUUGGACUGCGAGAUAAAUAUGGUAAAGACAGAGUUUUCAACACCCCCUUGUGUGAGCAGGGAAUUGUUGGAUUUGGCAUUGGAGUUGCAGUUGCUGGUGCUACCUCUAUUGCCGAGAUCCAGUUUGCUGACUACAUCUAUCCAGCAUUUGAUCAGAUUGUUAAUGAAGCAGCAAAAUACCGAUACCGAUCUGGGGACCUUUUCAACUGUGGAAGCCUCACCAUUAGAGCACCAUGGGGGUGUGUUGGCCAUGGUGCACUUUAUCAUUCCCAAAGUCCUGAAGCCUUUUUUGCCCACAGUCCCGGUAUAAAGGUGGUCAUACCUAGAAGUCCAAUCCAAGCGAAGGGCUUGCUGCUAUCCUGCAUUGAAGAUAAAGACCCAUGUAUUUUCUUUGAGCCCAAAAUACUGUACAGAGCUGCAGUUGAGCAAGUUCCUGUGGAUUCAUAUACCAUCCCUUUAUCCCAGGCUGAGGUGAUUCAGGAAGGAAGUGAUGUUACUCUAUUAUCUUGGGGUACCCAGGUUCAUGUUAUUCGUGAAGUUGCAUCUAUGGCCCAAGAAAAACUUGGCUUGUCCUGUGAAGUGAUUGACUUAAGAACUAUUUUGCCAUGGGAUAUUGAAACCGUCUGUAAGUCUGUGGCUAAGACAGGCCGGUUACUCAUCAGUCACGAGGCUCCACUAACUGGAGGCUUUGCGUCUGAGAUUAGUUCUACAGUACAAGAGGAAUGCUUCUUGAAUCUCGAAGCUCCAAUAGCCAGAGUAUGCGGCUAUGACACGCCGUUUCCUCACAUCUUUGAACCCUUCUAUAUCCCUGAUAAAUGGAAAUGCUUUGAUGCCCUGCGAAAAAUGAUUAACUUCUGAGCAGAGCAAUACGGUUUAUAAGGAUGAAUUUAUUGAGAGUGUUCUUGCAAGUCGCUCAUCAUGAACAGUUUAUUGGAUAAUAUGCUGGAGUUCACAGUACUGGAACCAUGAAUUUCCAGUGCCUAAAAAAGAAUAGACUUUCCGAUUCAACAUAAAAAGAAUUAGUCACUACAAAAACAUUUGUGUUUUAUAUUAUGCUCCACUCACUCCACUAAGUGAUAUUUAGAAGAAUAAAAUUUAUUGGUUAUUUAAUAUUUGUUAA